UUUGUAUUAGUCAACACUCAAACCAUCAUAUCUUUAAACCAAAUCUCUUGAACCUAUCUUUAAUUUUUCUAUAAAACCCCUUAUAAUUUGAAUAAAAAAAUAUUUCAAAGAAAAAAAAACCAAUGGCAAAAAUAGGAUUAUUUGAUCUUGAAAACCACUUUGCUUUUUAUGGAGCAUAUCAUAGCAACCCAGUAAAUAUAUUCAUCCACAUGUUGUUUGUUUGGCCAAUUUUAUUUACAUCACUUGUGAUUCUUUAUUUUACACCCCCUUUGGUCAAUCUUGAUUUUUUACCAUAUAGUUUGGUUUUAAAUUAUGGGUUUCUUUUUACUGUGAUUUAUGCUGGUUUUUAUGUUGGUUUGGAUGUUAAAGCUGGUUCCUUUGCUGGUCUUUUGUGUUUUCUUUGUUGGGUGUUUGGAAGCUUUGUUGCACAACAUUUGGGUUUCUCUCUUGCUUGGAAGGUUGUACUGGCUGCUCAAAUAUUCUGCUGGACCGGACAAUUCAUUGGACAUGGCAUUUUCGAGAAACGUGCACCUGCUUUGUUGGACAACCUUACACAAGCCUUCUUGAUGGCGCCUUUCUUUGUAUUGCUAGAGACACUUCAAAUGGUGGUCAGUUAUGAACCAUAUCCAGGUUUUCAUGCAAGUGUUAAAGCUAAAGUGGAUGCCAACAUCGAAGAGUGGAAGGAGAGCAAGCAAAAGAAAAGCUCGUAAAUUAUAUCUUAAAUAAUGAAAAAGCGUUGUAACAUGUAUUGCGACUGUGUUGUUCCUACUGUGGAUAGCAAAAUAAACUUUAUCUAAUUGUUGUUCUGGAUGUUAAAUACAAUGAGCCUUAUAGUAA